AUGCCUGACGACGGCAAUAACAUAUACGGUCCGAGCCAGCUGCGGGUUUUCAAAACCCAGCUUGUGCUUUCGUUGGCCAUUGGGUCCUCGAUGUUUUUGCUAUUCUGCUUUUUGCGCCGCAAAUGGCCUCACAUGUAUGCGGUCAGGACCCUACGAAAGAACCUGAUCCGGGACCGGUCCUUGCCCCAUGACCUCUUUAGGUGGGUUUUCUCCGUGUGGUCCAUCACAGAGAAGGAGGUGCUUGAAUGCCUGGGGCUCGAUGCCUAUGUGGUGCUUACUUUCUUCAAAAUGGGCAUCUACAUCUUUCUGCUUCUAGCGCUCUGGGGCGUUUUGGUGCUUAGUCCGACCCGCUACAUCUUCACGGGGAACUACGACCGUGACAAUAUCUCCAUUUUUGAAUACAAGGAUGCCGGGCCACACAUGGACGACGAUUUUCCAAAGUACCUCUGGGUGUACCCACUCUUCACAUGGGUGUUUUCGGCUAUCGUGUAUUUCAAGCUUUUCGACUUUACAGCGGCCGUGAUCAAGACCCGCCAGAAGUACCUUGCGUCGCAGGACUCCAUCACGGAUCGCACCAUCAAGCUUGACGGAAUCCCCAAGAAAUUGAUCCGCCAAAACGACCCUGUUCUCCUCAAACACUUCAUUGAGGAUUUGGGCAUCGGCCAUGUGGUGGACGUCAAGCUCAUUUACGACUGGAUGCCGCUUGAAAAGCUCUUUGACGAGCGCCACGAGCUAAUUUCGAGCCUAGAGAAACUCUACUCUCAAUACUACGGCUUGAAGGUGGACCUCUACAACCAGACAAGGACACCCCGAGUAAUCCCAGAACACGCACCUGAGCUCCCCAUUGCCACCUCCACGAAGAAAUCACACCUUCGCAAGAAGAUUGAUGGUCUUGCGGUGAAACUCAUUGCUGUGGACAAGAAGAUCUUAAGCUUGCAGAACAAGUACGACCCGAGAACCUCGACCAUGCCCGUUGAAGAUGGAGAGUUUUCGAUCAUGCCUUCCGCUUUCAUCACCAUGGACUCUGUGGCCUCGGCUCAGAUGGCCGCACAGACUGUUCUUGACCCCAGGGUGUAUAAGCUCAUGGUAUCCAUGGCGCCGGCAGCCAAGGAUAUCGAAUGGAGGAACUUGAAGCUUACCCGCUACGAGAAGGCUUUCAAAUCGUACAUGGUCACCUUUUUUAUCAUCCUCAGUUACUCGGUUAUUUUCUUCUUGGUGACAUCCUUGUCGACCUUGAUUGACGUGAAGACCAUCACGAAGGUUUGGCCAACCCUAGGCCACAAGAUCGCCGAGUCAAAAUGGCUCAGUACCUUCGUCACUGGUAUCUUGCCACCUAUGUUGUUCUCGGUCAUCACCGUUCUCAUCCCAUAUUUUUACAACUAUCUUUCCCAGCUUCAAGGGUACUCAUCGUCAAGUGAGGUGGAGCUUUCGGGUCUUCUGAAGAACUUCUUCUUUGUGUUCUUCAUCUUGUUCUUGGUGUUCACUAUUACAGGAACAUUGUGGGAUUACUUCACCUCCAUCGGAGACACCACCAAGUUUGCAUCACAAUUGGCAAGUUCCCUAAAGAAGCUUUCCUUGUUUUACGCAGACUUGAUUCUUUUGCAAGGUCUAGCCAUGUUCCCGGUACGUCUUCUCCAAAUUGGGGACUUCCUUAUUUUGAAUAUUGUUGGGAAGCUUUUUUUACUCAGAAAUAUGCUUCUCAAGACCCCAAGGGAUUACCGAUUCUACUAUUUCACACCACCUGUCUUUGAUUUUGGCAUUCAACUCCCUCAACAUAUCCUAAUCUUCAUCAUAAUUCUUAUUUAUUCAGUUGUCUCAACCAAAAUCGUUGCCUGUGGUCUUGUUUACUUCCUAAUGGGUCACUUUGUUUACAAAUACCAGCUUAUCUACAGCUUUGUUCAUCCUCCUCACUCAACCGGCAAGGUCUGGCCCAUGAUAUUCAGACGCUUGAUGCUCGGGCUAUUGAUCUUUCAACUAUUCAUGUGCGGUACGUUAGCCUUAGAGGGAGCCAUCUUACUUUCCGUUCUUUGUACUCCUUUGUUCAUUGUUACUUUAUUGGUUUGGUGGAAUUUCGAGAAGUUCUACGUGCCAUUGCAUGACUUCAUCGCUUUGAGAGCGAUUCAAAGUCCGUACAACUUUGAUAAAGAGUUUGAUGACGAUUCCCUGCUGGUUGCUGCUGGAUCUUCCCACAAUCUAGCCUACGAUGGUGGUUUCAAUAUCAGCAGCGACAGUCUUACAGCCAGAAAGCCCCCUCCUUUGCAGAUGCCCGAGCCAGAGCUGAUGACAGGAUACCCCACACCAUCAUCAGAUGGCGUCUUGCUGCCGACAGAGAAUUCCGCUUUGUUGGAUGGAGAUUACUCAAUUUCGUAUAGCGCAGGCGCAAUCAGACAUCGUCGGAAGGUUUCCACCGUGGAUGAGGAGAGGGAGCAGUUCACAGACUACACUCACCCGUAUCUCCGUGACCCCUUGCAUGGACCAUGGAUUGGCUUUGAUGGAGAUCACAUCUCGAUGGUGGAAUUCCGUAAAGGGGCCAAUUCCUCGACGCCGGAACCAACGGGAGCGGAGAGUGAAAAUGGUGCACCACCUGUGACGGAGUUUGUCAUCAGAAAGAGGAUACAGGUUGCCGAAUGGGAAUAA